GCGGGAGCCGCAAGGGAGACAGGGCGGGCCGAGGGAGCGGCGCCGUGGGUUGGCUGCUGCCCUGAGGCCGGACUCAACGGACCCGGGCCGCGCCACCGGGCGAGCUCGCCGCCCGGCCCUCAGCCCGGAGCCAGCGAGUGAGCGAGGCGGUGCCGCGCGGUUUGGUUGUAAAUGCAUCACCAAGAGGCAGCCCAGAAUGAAGAAAGCAAACAGGAGUGCUGGCUCAGUGCCUAAGGUAUCUGGGAUAAGCAAACUGCAAACAGUAGAGAAAAGCAAGCCUGAGAGCAGCAGCUCUUCAGCACCCACAGGAGGCAAGCCAGUAAAGCCUGGAACAACAGCAGCUCUGUUAAAGACCAAGAGCAAUGAUGACCUCCUAGCUGGAAUGGCUGGAGGGGUGAGUGUGACUAAUGGUGUUAAAGCAAAGAAAAGCACCUGUUCAUCUGCAGCGCCCUCAGCUCCUGCCCCUGCCAUGACCAUCUCGGAGAACAAGUCCAAGAUCAGCACAGGCACUAGUUCUUCAACCAAACGAAGUACUUCGGCUGGUAAUAAAGAAUCCAGUUCUACUAGAGAAAGAUUACGUGAACGCACCCGGCUAAACCAGAGCAAAAAACUGCCUUCUGUAAGUCAGGGAACUAAUGAUGUGGCACUGGCUAAACGUUCGCGCAGCCGCACUGCUACAGAGUGUGAUAUUCGUAUGAGCAAGUCUAAGUCGGACAAUCAGAUCAGUGACAAAGCUGCUUUGGAAGCCAAGGUGAAAGAUCUCCUCACACUGGCAAAAACCAAAGAUGUGGAAAUUUUACAUUUGAGAAAUGAACUCCGAGACAUGCGUGCUCAGCUGGGCAUUAGUGAAGACCACUGUGAAGGUGAUGACAAGUCUGAGGAGAAGGAAACCAUUAUUGCUCACCAGCCGACUGAUGUGGAGUCUACGCUAUUACAGCUGCAGGAACAGAAUACAGCCAUCCGUGAGGAGCUCAACCAACUGAAAAAUGAAAACAGAAUGCUAAAGGACAGGCUGAAUGCGUUGGGCUUUUCCUUAGAGCAAAGGCUGGACAAUUCGGAAAAACUAUUUGGCUAUCAGUCCCUGAGCCCAGAAAUCACCCCUGGCAACCAGAGUGAUGGAGGAGGAACUCUGACAUCCUCAGUAGAAGGCUCUGCCCCUGGGUCAGUGGAGGAUCUGCUGAGUCAGGAUGAAAAUACACUCAUGGACCAUCAGCACAGUAACUCCAUGGACAACCUGGACAGUGAGUGCAGUGAGGUUUACCAGCCCCUCACUUCGAGCGAUGAUGCUCUGGACGCCCCUUCCUCUUCAGAGUCAGAGGGCGUCCCAAGCAUAGAGCGCUCUCGGAAGGGGAGUAGUGGGAAUGCAAGCGAGGUGUCUGUUGCUUGCCUGACAGAACGGAUUCACCAGAUGGAGGAGAACCAGCACAGUACCAGUGAGGAGCUGCAGGCAACUCUGCAAGAGCUAGCCGAUCUCCAGCAGAUUACCCAGGAGCUCAACAGUGAGAACGAGAGGCUGGGAGAGGAGAAGGUCAUUCUGAUGGAGUCACUGUGUCAGCAGAGUGACAAGUUGGAACACUUUGGCCGACAGAUUGAAUAUUUCCGCUCCCUUCUAGAUGAGCAUCACAUUUCUUACGUCAUAGAUGAAGAUGUAAAGAGUGGGCGCUACAUGGAGCUAGAGCAGCGCUACAUGGAUUUGGCUGAGAACGCUCGUUUUGAGCGAGAGCAGCUUCUAGGUGUCCAGCAGCAUUUAAGCAACACUUUAAAGAUGGCAGAACAAGACAACAAGGAAGCUCAAGAAAUGAUAGGUGCACUCAAAGAGCGCAGCCACCACAUGGAGCGGAUCAUUGAGUCUGAGCAGAAGGGCAAAGCGGCCCUGGCAGCCACGUUGGAGGAGUACAAAGCUACUGUGGCCAGUGACCAGAUAGAGAUGAAUCGCUUGAAGGCCCAGCUGGAGAAUGAAAAGCAGAAAGUGGCUGAGCUGUAUUCUAUCCAUAACUCUGGGGACAAGUCUGACAUCCAGGACCUACUGGAGAGUGUCAGAUUGGACAAGGAAAAGGCAGAGACUCUGGCCAGUAGCCUACAGGAAGAUCUGGCUCACACCCGGAACGAUGCUAAUCGGUUGCAGGACGCCAUUGCUAAGGUAGAAGAUGAGUACCGGGCCUUCCAGGAAGAAGCCAAGAAGCAGAUUGAAGAUUUGAAUAUGACAUUAGAAAAACUAAGGUCAGAGCUGGAGGAAAAAGACACAGAGAGGAGCGACAUGAAGGAAACGAUCUUUGAACUUGAAGAUGAAGUAGAACAACACCGAGCUGUGAAGCUUCACGACAACCUCAUCAUUUCUGAUCUAGAGAAUACAGUUAAAAAACUCCAAGACCAAAAGCACGACAUGGAAAGAGAAAUCAAGACACUUCACAGGAGACUUCGGGAAGAGUCCGCGGAAUGGCGGCAGUUUCAGGCCGAUCUCCAGACCGCAGUGGUCAUCGCAAAUGACAUCAAGUCUGAAGCCCAAGAAGAGAUUGGUGACCUAAAGCGGAGGCUACUCGAGGCACAAGAAAAAAAUGAGAAACUCACAAAGGAAUUGGAGGAAAUAAAGUCACGCAAGCAAGAGGAGGAGCGUGGCCGGGUGUAUAACUACAUGAAUGCUGUUGAAAGAGAUUUGGCAGCCUUGAGGCAAGGGAUGGGACUGAGUAGAAGGUCCUCGACUUCCUCAGAGCCAACUCCCACAGUCAAAACCCUCAUCAAGUCUUUCGACAGUGCAUCUCAAGUACCAAAUGCUGCUGCAGCUGCAAUUCCUCGAACGCCUUUGAGUCCAAGCCCCAUGAAAACCCCUCCUGCUGCCGCCGUUUCCCCCAUGCAAAGACAUUCCAUAAGUGGACCAAUCUCAGCCUCCAAGCCUUUGACAGCCUUGACAGAUAAGAGACCAAACUAUGGAGAAAUUCCUGUACAAGAGCAUCUAUUAAGAACAUCUUCAACCAGCCGGCCUGCUUCUCUCCCAAGAGUCCCUGCUAUGGAAAGUGCCAAGACCAUCUCGGUGUCUCGACGAAGCAGUGAAGAAAUGAAGCGGGACAUCUCUGCAUCCGAGGGAGCAUCACCAGCUUCUCUCAUGGCUAUGGGCACCACGUCACCACAGCUCUCCCUCUCUUCCUCUCCCACAGCAUCUGUCACUCCAAGCACUCGAAGCCGAAUAAGGGAGGAAAGGAAAGACCCUCUCUCUGCAUUGGCAAGAGAAUAUGGAGGCUCUAAGAGGAAUGCGUUGUUGAAGUGGUGUCAGAAGAAAACAGAAGGCUAUCAGAAUAUUGACAUCACAAACUUCAGCAGCAGCUGGAACGAUGGGCUGGCUUUCUGUGCACUACUGCACACCUAUCUCCCAGCCCACAUACCCUAUCAAGAGCUGAACAGCCAAGAUAAGAAAAGGAACUUCACCUUGGCUUUCCAGGCAGCUGAAAGUGUUGGAAUCAAAUCUACCCUGGACAUCAAUGAGAUGGCACGCACGGAACGACCCGACUGGCAGAAUGUAAUGCUGUAUGUCACAGCCAUCUACAAGUACUUUGAAACCUGAGCACACAGGAGGAGGUGCUACAAGCUAGGGACCUCUGCAGUCACCAAGUGACACCAACACCAUUAGCUAGAACCCCUAAAGCUUUCAGCGACUCUGGGCCUCCUUGCAGGGAGUGUGCCCAGAUCUAGGCCUCUGCAUUGGAACUGGAACUGGAGACCAGGGCUCUUGCACAUGGCCAUCCUCGGGAGGAGGAAGCACAGCACACAGCCAGCUUACUUCCAGAGACCAUGAAGCUCCACCAGCACCCUGAGUGUGAAGAACAUGAAGGCCUGUGCCCUGCUCAUCCUGGGAAGUAGGAUUGAGUGUGGGAAGCACGGGCUAGCGAAAGUUUUAGCCACUGCACUUCCUGACUGUCAUCCUCGUGGUUCCCAGUGCUGGGACAGAGCUGGCCUUGGUCACUUCCUGUGGGCCUGGGUUCUAAGAGUGUAUCAUAGAGGACUGUCCUAACCACUGAAGUUAACUUAGCUUACAGGCCCACAGCUAGCUGAGUCUACACUGCCACCAAGCAGAUUUUUGUUAGCAAGAAGCAGGUGGCAUACUCAGUGAGUGCUCAGCCAGUUGCCUCUAGCCCCAGGGAAAAGACUGGUCACAAGGAGUUCUCCUAGUUAAAGUUGUUUUAUUAUAAACAAUAUUGGGGAAAUAGCUCCUAUUCUAUUAGCACCAAAGUUAAUUGUUUUAGUAAGCAUAGAAAUAAAACACAAAACAUGGGCGUUAGCAUGGUGAGAGUGAGGAUUCGUGCAGUAGGGAAAAAAGAAUGCUUUAGGGAGCCAGAGGUUCAAGUUGUUGAUGGUUGCCCCUCCAGGGCAGGAGUUAAGACAGUGCCUUAGCCCUGCACCAGGACAGCUGAGCCCACACCUGUGUGAGUAUCUCAUGUGUUGGUGGGAGCUCCAAUACAGGUGGCUCCAUGCUGUGCCUGGGCUGUGGAGCCUACAUCAUUAGUCUAGGCCUUACUCAAGUCUGUUGAUUUCUGGCUGGAAUUUACUAGCCGCUUCUUGGGAGUAGAAAGACCUUUUUUCAUGUGCCUGACACAGAAGCUGUUAUGUGAACAAUGUCAAGACUAUUACUUCCAGGAUACACUUAUUUGUCACCUGCAAGGUACCAUGAGGAAACUGGCCAUCAGUAGAAAUGGGAUCACAGCUUCAGUAACUAGUUGGAUGGCGAGAAUGUCUCCCAGGAGGCAUGCACGGUCCAAACAUGGACAGAGUAAGGUUCUGUGUUCAAGCAUAAUGCUUAAGACUAACUUUGGUGUGUCUGUGGAACCUAGAGAAGAAAGUACUUUGAAAGUAGUUAUUAAGUAACAAGUGGGCUGUGUCUGUAUAUGUUGCCAUCAGAUGGCCAGUCCACCCAUCCACCCUGCCUAACUCUUGCAGUCCAGCAGCCCACGCUGCAGUGUCCCAGAAGACCCCUGUUGUUCUCUCUGUCCAGUGCCCUUCUGCUCUUCCUGGGCCCAGUUCUGUUCUUGCUCCUGAUGAACAGUGUCUUGGGUGACUGACUAUUCAUGUGCGAGUCACUGUUUCCAAAUGAGCCUCCACUGAAUCUCUGAGCUUCCAGCCUCUGCUGCAUUUGCCUUUGCCGAGGCCAUCCACUGUGCACCAGGGUGUUUGAUCUGAGGCCGGGCCUUAUUUAUUAUGUCAUGAAAAAGACUAUGUCUUGUUAAAAAGACUUUCCUGGGCUUGCAGCUCACGACUUCUAUCCCUUGCUGGCUAGUUGAGCCUCGUGCCAGAGUAGAAGUUGCCAUAGUUUUCUAAAGGGAUUUGGAGUAAGUUGGCCGCUACUGAAAGGGGUAUGUUUAUAUAGAGAUAACAUUUCUGUGCUGCAAUCUGUAGGCCUGGGAUAGGCCUGUAGCGAAUAGCGGGGACA